AUGAGCACGAACCAGUUUGAGGCAGAGAACAAAGAGCAGGGCAAGGCGAACAGGGACGAGGAGGAGAAGGCAGUGACUGAAGUGAGCACGGAAGAAGUUGCAUCAGCAGUUGCAGCAGCAACACAACAGCAGCAGCAACAGCAGGCAGGCGAAAAUGCAGACAACGAGAUGGAAAAAGAGGACAGCAGCGACAACAAGGAGUCGACAACACAAGAGGAGUUCUUCCUCGCGCAGCUCAAGGAGAUCACGGACUCGAUUUCGAGCUCUUUUGACAGCAUAGCAGCGACAAUGGAGGACUUGAGGGUGAAGGCAGGCACGAUAGCCAGUCUUUCGGCAUCGCUUGUGAACGGGACGGGCGAGGUGGGCCCCAAGGGCAUCGCGGACAAGGACAUAGAUGGCCGGUUGAUGCUUCUAGAGGUGGCCCAGCAGGCACAGAACGGGUUGGUGAAGGCUGCGGAGUCGUUGGCAGCCGGAAACUCGCUCACACAGUACCAGGACUUGAACCCAAGGCGGCUGUCGUCGGGCAGCGGCUCCGUGCCGGAGAUCGACCUCAAUCCACGUGCGAAGAACGUUUAUGAUCUCUGGGAUGAGUGGACGGAGGGAUACCGGGGCCAGAGGCCUUUAAAAUUCCUCGAGUUGCAUUUUGGCACGAAGUGGAGGCGCGGCCGGAUCGCCAAGAGUGCCCAACGGAGGAAGAAGGUGGUUGAGUUCAUCGAGGGCGAGCUGAAGCGGUUCCCGAUGAAAAAACCCGCCGAGGUGGUCCGCGACCUCGAUAUAUACCGGAAAAGCAGGGGCAAGGGGCUUUUCUGGCUCUACGGGUCGCUCCCUGACCGUCUCUACGACGAUGCGGGCAAUGUAGCCGAGGGAAUUCGCGGUGUGCCGGCAGAAGAACCUCCGAGAAAGAGGUCCCGGAAGUCCGACACGCGGACGAUGGACGAGGUCGCGGAGGCGACAGCUGCAGCGGCCGUGGCGGCUCAGGAUGAGCACAAGGAGGCCGAGGGGGCGGAGGCUGAGAAGGAGGAGGCCGACGCGACGACCGACCCGGCAUUGGCCAAGAUGGGGUUGGAGAAGAAGCAGUGA